CUGGUCCAGAUUGAACAUUCAGAAUUACCUCGACGUCAUGCUGUGCGAGUAGCUGGUAAUAAGGUGAUAUAUCUGAAAAAUCGAACCCUAAAUUCUCAAGUGAAUCGCAUUCGCAGAAGUCCAAGCAUCAGAAAGGACGACUUCACUCUUGAUGUUCGAGCUGAACUCACUGCUCUGGAUAUUGUGGAUGAGAAGCCAAUCCUGCAUAUUCGCAAUGUCUGCGUCAGCGAACAGACGUUUGCUAUCAUCAUUGUCGCCUUAUUAUUGCCUUCAGCUAUUCUGUUGAUUUUGACUAUAGUUCAUUCAUGUACAGGAACAGAGAUAAAAGAGCCGGCAGAUAAAUGA